AAGAGUCGUUUAUUAUGUAACUCUCUCUUCACGUCUGUGUGCUGUCUCAAUCUCCAUUCUCACUCGCCCCAAUCUCUGAAAUCUCAGAGGUUCUCAUCUCUCUUGUUUGUCUAGCGUCCGAUCAAUCUCUCCCUUCUCUAGAGCUUCUUUUUUUCCACAGUCAUGGUAAUUGUCACCCACAUCUCCACUUCUUCCCACCAAAUCUUGCCUUCAUUCUUCCAUCUCCGCCUCCGCAUUCCCGCCACGUCCCUUGCUUCCUCUCGCCUCAUCAAGCACGGAGACGGAGGAGGAGGAAUCGCCUUGUUGACGAUCCGAGCUUACAUAGAGAAACCAAACUCCAUCUCCAGCUUCGCCAACACAGUCGUCGGUUCUCUCCCCGUCAUCAGACUCCUCGCCAGGAUACUCAGCGAUGAGGGCGGCGUCGGAAGAGAUCUCGUCGACUUCGCCGAGUUUAGGAAACGAGUUGAGAAUAAUUGCGCACCUAGUGAUUCUAGAGCUUUCUACGAGUUUCAACAGCGAAGAGGCAAGGCAGGAGAACCUUUGUAUGUGCUUCUUUGCUGUUGGGUUGCUGCAGUAGGUGCAGGGCUUCUCAAAUCUGAAGAGAUUCUUGAAGGUGUUACUAGGGUUAGCAUUUCAAAUGAUCUCGAGUUCGAAGAACAUAACUUUAUUGUUUUGAUGAUUGAAGCUAGACAGGUAGCACACGUAUUGAAGAGGAAGUGAGAAGAAUCAAGAAGGAGCAUCCUGAAGAUCAUGGUGCAAUAGAAAAUGAUAGAGUUAAAGGUUAUCUUAAGCAUGAAACAUCAGUUUCUUGUUGCAACUCAUAGAAUCUUUUGCUCUGUUUUUUGAUAAGUUUUUUAAUACUUUGUUGGAUCUAGAACUAGACCAUCAUUUGGUUGUUUUUUCUUCUUCUUUAGAAUAGUUUUGAUCGUGGUGGG